CUUGAAGCGAUUCGACUGUUUCAUUCUAAGCACAUCGCGUGAACCCGACAGUCACAGCAUUGUGUUGGUGAUGCUGAGCGAGUUAAGAGCAUUAUUCAACUCGAACGCGCACACUAAUUAAUAAGCCGAACUAGAAGGCAAGAAUCAACGCUGCUUUGGAGAGAAGAUUAUUCGCUCAGCAAAGCUCGGCCGGUCAAGAUGCGUUUCUGCGUGCAAUCCGCGGCUGCGGUUCUCACCCUUUGUUGUUUAUCGUUCCGGGUCAUCGAAGUCGACGGCCAGACUGAGCCAGGUAUAAGUGAUGAGUGCGUCGUUCAGCGAACCAACGCGCCCGGGAUUUGUCGUCCGGUUGCGGAGUGUCCCUCGGUCAUCGACGAUAUCCGGAACCGGCGUGGAAAUCCCACCAAGUGUGGCUUCAUCAACAAGGUCCAGGUCGUGUGCUGUCCGGACGGAGUUCAACCGAGGACAACCAGCAGCAGCACAACGUCCGCUACGGCGACCUUGAACAGCCAUCCGAAAAUCGCAGAAAAAUGCGCCGAGUACGGUGAGGCGGUCUACUCCAAGGAGUACGUCAGCUCGCCGCUCGGAGUCGACGAACCACGCCUGCAGCGGCUAGACAAGUGCGGCCACAAGGCGGUCGAGCUGAUCGUGGACGGCGAGGCGGCCAAGUCGCGCGAGUUUCCCCACAUGGCGUUGAUUGGGUACGGGGGCGUGCCGGCGGUGCAGUACCUCUGUGGGGGAUCCCUCGUGUCGGACCGGUUCGUGCUGACGGCCGGCCACUGUAUCAUCUCGCAGGAACACGGUCCCGCCACCGUCGUCCGGCUGGGCGAGCUCGCACUGGACUCCUCCAACGACGAAGCCUUCCCCGAGGACUUUGCCGUCGCCGAAUUGAUCCCCCACCCGGAGUACAAGCAGUCCUCGCAGUACAACGACAUCGCGCUCAUCAAGCUGGACCGGCGGGUCAUAUUUUCCCCGUACAUCCGGCCAAUUUGUCUGCCAAUGGGGGCGGAACUGGGCAAUCGGCGGGCAAUUGCCACCGGGUGGGGAACGAUCGGGUAUGGGGAUGCGACGAGCGCGAUCCUGCUGAAGGUGGUGCUGGACAUGUUCGGGCAUGAGGAGUGCGCGCCCAUGUUCGAGGCGAAUCGAAAGCUGAAGGAGGGCCUGAGAAGCGAGAGUCAGAUGUGUGCCGGGUCGCGGAACUCCUCGAAGGACACGUGCCAGGGCGAUUCGGGUGGGCCGUUGCAGAUUUAUAACGAUGAGAACGUGUACUGCACGUACACGAUUAUUGGGGUGACCUCGUUUGGGAAGUAUUGCGGGUUGGCCGGUUCGCCGGGAGUUUACUCGCGCGUUUACGCGUACAUCUCGUGGAUUGAGAAUCUUGUAUUUUAAGAAUGGAUAAUAAAAACUGACUUACCUCAACACCGUAA